AUGAUGAGAGCAGUGACAACAGCAGGAUUUGGAGAUAUAGAUGUCCUUCAGGUCUCAGAAAUUCCUAGGCCGAUUCCUGGAGAAAAUGAAGUCUUCUCCCCCAUCUGAGAGCGAACAAAACCAUUGGAAACCUGCUUUCUUCAAGCGACACAAAGACUUUUAGAUGCCAGAGAUAACUGUUAUAAUGAAUUCCCUAACCUUAUUUAAUUCCAUUUCUAAUUGAAAAAGAUUAAUAUCAAAUUGUAUAUAAAAAAAAUGAAAAACUUAUGGGCAGGCAAAAAAAAAUUUUCCUCGCUCAGAGAGUGGAGUGGAAUUAGUAAAAAUUCAUGCAUCGGCCUUGAAUCGUGCAGAUACUUUACAAAGAAAGGGAUUAUAUCCCCCUCCUCCUGGAGCUUCAAACAUAAUAGGUCUAGAAUGUACAGGAGAAGUAGCAGAAUCAGUAGGAAGCUGGGCUUCUGGAAAAAGAGUGAUGUCCAUUCUUUCUGGCGGUGGCUAUGCUGAAUAUGCUACUAUCCCUUCAGAUCAUUUAAUUCCCAUUCCUGAUAAUUUGUCCUAUGAAGAGGCUGCAGCAAUUCCUGAAGGAUGGAUCACUGCUUAUCAAAUUUUAUUUUAUAUUGCUAAAGGAAAACCCCAAGAAAAAGUCCUAAUCCAUGCUGGAGCCAGUGGCGUUGGAACUGCUCUCAUUCAACUCGCAAAAUUAAAAGGACUUCUCGUAGCAGUCACUUGUGGAAGUCAAGAAAAAAUGGAUUUUUGUCGAAAUUUAGGUGCUGAUCUUGCCAUUAACUAUAAAACAGAAUCAUUUAAAGAGAAAAUAAGAGAUUUUGGAGGAGUUGAUAUUGUCCUUGAUUGCAUAGGUGCUAAUUAUUUUGAAGAUAAUUUAGAUGCGAUAAAUCUUGAUGGAAGGUGGAUUAUUUACGGGACUAUGGGAGGGCACCAAGUAAAUCAAGUAUCUUUAAGAGGACUGAUGGCAAAAAGAGUAAGUCUGAUUACGACAACUCUUAGAAGUAGAUCGAAGGAAUAUAAAGCUGACUUGAUAAAAGAAUUUAUAAAUGAUGGGAUUCUGGAUGCUUUUCAGAAUGGGAUUUUAAAGCCUAUUCUUUAUCGCACUUUUUCAAUGGAAGAAGUUGCACUUGCUCACGAACUCAUGGAGAAAAAUGAAAAUUCAGGUAAAAUUGUCUUAAAAAUCAUAAGUUUGUUUAAAUAGAAUUCUAUUGCAUUAUCCAUUUAAAUAGAAACAAGCAUAGUAAAAUUUUAAACUCUAGCGACAUUAAUUUGGGUAUAAAGCUAUUAUAUAUAAAUUAUUAUUUUUCCUAUAAAAAUAAGAUUUUGCUGAAAUUUAAAGGGUGGGAGUAA